AUGCCGCGAUGUUUGAUCAAAUCGAUGACAAGAUACAGAAAGAACAACAGUUCGACCGAAGAGUCCGAAUUACCAUGGACUCCACCAUCAUCGGUUGACGCGAAACGAAAAAAUCAAGCUAAAGAGAGUUCCUCAAAAUGCAGCAAUAUUUGGACGUCGUCAAAGCUGCCAAUCGUAACACGAUACACAUUCAACAAAGGAGCCAACAUGUUGUGGAACAAGGAAUUAUUGGGAGAUUUAGGAGGGAUGCGUUUCUCCGUGUUAGAGAACGCUACAUUAUCGACUGGUGGUGAUACCAUGUUUAAUAACGAUCGAAAGACCGUGGGUCCAAUUAAUGAGCAAAUGGUAGAGAAAAUGCCAUUGUCGUCGAGCAUGACAAAUCUAGAAUACCCGGUGAACGUAGGAAACGACGAAAUUAAAGUCGCAGUCAAUUUGAAUAGAACAUUCGAUGGGACUGAUAUGCAAUCGACUUCGCAAGCGUUGUACCUGGCUUCGAACAAAAAGCAAAUUGAUUCUACACAAAGUCAGUAUUUCAACAACCUAAAUAAAUCGAGUGUGGAUAACGCUCAGAAUUGGAAACGGAAUAAAACUAUGCAUUAUUGUCCAUACUGUCGUAAAAGUUUCGACCGUCCGUGGGUACUGAAGGGUCAUUUGCGUCUUCAUACAGGCGAACGGCCUUUCUCGUGUCCAGUGUGUCACAAAUCUUUUGCUGAUCGAUCAAAUUUACGCGCUCAUCAGAGGACACGAAAUCACCACCAAUGGCAAUGGCGAUGUGGCGAAUGCUUCAAAGCAUUUUCACAAAGACGAUAUUUAGAACGACAUUGUCCCGAAGCAUGUAGAAAAUAUAGAAUAUCUCAAAGAAGGGAACAACAUUGUAGUUAAUUUUCUACAGU